UGUUUUUUGCGCGGACGCGAUCAGAGUGCUGCUGUGGAAGCAACUAUUUAUUUUUGGCAUCUGACAUUAAAGCUCGCCCUUUGCAAUGGCAGCGGCUCCACAGAGCCGCGACAGCACCGGGGUUUGACUUGAGAUCUGUCCGUUCUCUAGCACUUUGUGAACAGAAGGAGUGAUGAUGGAUACUCUUUAUAACAGGGACUGACCGGUACGGGACACGCGAUCUGUUGUGAGCUAUAAGAGGAGAGUUCAGCAUCACAGCCAUCAUGACCAAAGAGGAGGAGGUACCUGACUGGGUGGGAGCACAGGAGUUCUACGACAAGUACGAGUCCAAGGAGAUUCUGGGAAGGGGAGUGAGCAGCGUGGUGCGCCGUUGCAUCAACAAGCGCACGUCUCAGGAGUACGCGGUGAAGAUCAUCGACAUCACCCCGUCGGACAAGAUGACCCCGCAGGAGAUGGAGGAGAUCAGAGAGGCGACGAUGAAGGAGAUCGACAUCCUGAAGAAAGUCUGCGGACCAGACAACAUCAUACAGCUCAAAGACUGCUACGAGUCACACGCCUUCUUCUUCCUGGUGUUUGACCUGAUGAAGAGGGGUGAACUUUUUGACUACCUCACAGAGAAAGUUACUUUGAGUGAGAAGGAAACCAGGAACAUCAUGCGUGCUCUGCUGGAGGUGGUCCAGUUUCUACACGGACAGAACAUCGUCCACCGCGACUUGAAGCCUGAGAACAUCCUCUUAGACGACGAUAUGAAAAUCAAACUCACCGACUUUGGCUUCGCUGUGCAAGUCCAGCCGGGGCAGACGCUCAAAGAGGUGUGUGGGACCCCUGGUUACCUCGCUCCUGAGAUCAUCGAGUGCUCCAUGGACGGAGGGCAUGCAGGAUACGGUACCGCUGUGGACAUAUGGAGCUCAGGGGUGAUCAUGUACACGCUGCUCGCAGGCUCUCCGCCCUUCUGGCACAGGAAGCAAAUGCUGAUGCUGCGUAUGAUCUUGUCUGGGACCUACGACUUCUCGUCUCCAGAGUGGGAGGACCGCUCGGACACUGUUAAAGAUUUGAUCUCUCGGAUGCUGGUGGUGGACCCAAAGCUGCGCUACACGGCUACAGACGUCCUCAACCACUCGUUCUUUUCACAGUAUGUGGUGAAUGAAGUACGACAGUUCACUCCAUACAGGCGGUUCAAGGUCAUUUGCAUGACUGUUCUCGCCACAAUGAGAAUUUACUGCAACUAUCGCCGCGCCAAGCCCGUCACGAAAGAGGUGAUCAAGAGCGACCCGUACGCUGUCAAGCCAAUCCGCAAGCUCAUUGACGCCUGUGCAUUCAAGAUCUACGGCCACUGGGUGAAGAAGGGCCAGACUCAGAACAGGGCGGCACUUUUCGAGAACACUCCCAAAGCCUUCCUGCUGUCGAUGGCUACCGAGGCCGACGAGCCGGUGCAGCACAUCUGGUAAUGAGUUCAGGACGGAUCUGCUGGAGGUUAAUGGGGGGGGGGUAUUCUAAUGCUCAGCUUGUUGUGCUCUUCUGUUGUAUAAAGGAAAUGAACUGGUAAAAACAUCACCAGACAAGUUUAAUUUGAAAUUGUCUUUAAUGUGAGCAUAUUCUGCUCAAGAAUUUUGAAACAGCCAUUUAUUACAGUGGGAUUUAUUUACCUCAUGAACUGCAAACAAAACAUCUGCAACAAAACCACUGUUCAACAUUUUACUUGCCUUCUGUUCUAAAUGUAGACGCAAACAGAUUCACUGGUAAAAUGGCAGUUUGGAUAAACAUUUUAUGUGAAAUUAACCCAUUUUACUGUAUAAGCCUCUAAAAUGUUAUUUAUUCUUUGAUGCCAGCAGCAUCAUGUCCUCUAAGGAGAUAAAUUGUUUUUUUGAAAAAUAACUUCCAACUGGCCACAAGGGUGCAGCUGGUGUUACUGUAUAAAUGUAAACAUUAAAUAUAGAUUUCAGUUUUGAAUGACUGUUCAUAAAAAUCAAUUGACUCUGGUUGUUUCUCUUUUCCUAAGAAUAUUUAUUUUGGCAGAACUGUGACAACCAAAGCAAAACAUGGAAAUAACCAACAUCAUUCAUCACACUGGAAUAUGAAUCAGUGAACCUGCUUACUUGAAAUGGCAUGGACUUAUACAUUUGUGUACCGUGUGGCCAUUUGAACAUUAUGCAGAUGUACUGUACUGAUAACAGCUUCAUGGGAAGUUUUAAAUGUAUUGCACUUUAAAAUGUACGCUAUGAAUAUAUUUAUUAAAAUGUUCAUUCAA